UCUGCAAUAAUUGUAUAAAUACCAUCUAAUUAGGACGAUAGACAACACUUAUCCUGUCUUCAAGUAUCCAGCAACAUGCGUUUCCUUGCUCUGCUAGCUCUCUGCUUCGCGGCCAUAGCAGCUGUCUCCAGCAAUCCCCAGAGGAUUGUGGGUGGAUCAGUAACUACUAUUGACAGUUACCCUACUCUCGCCGGUCUGCUGUACUCAUUUGACUUCAACACCUACUGGCAGGCUUGCGUAGGUGCCAUCCUCAACAACAGGGCUAUUCUCACCGCUGCUAGCUGCACCGAUGGUUACGCGAACAACCGAUGGCGUAUCCGUGUUGGCUCCACCUGGGCCAACAGCGGCGGUGUCGUACACAACCUGGCCGCCAAUAUCAUCCACCCCUCAUACAACUAUACGAACAAUGACAAUGACGUCGCCAUCGUACGCUCCGCUACCACCUUCACCUUCAACAACAAUGUUCGUGCUGCUUCCAUCGCUGGACCCAACUACAAUGUCGCUGACAACCAGGCUGUCUGGGUAGCUGGAUGGGGCACAACUUAUGACGGUGGUUUUGCUUCUGAGCAGCUCCGUCACAUUCUGCUCAUGACCAUCAACCAGAACACUUGCAGAAGCAACUACGCGGCUAGCAGCCGUCGCUAUGCUAUUACCGACAACAUGUUGUGCUCCGGCUGGCCCGCCGGUGGUCGUGGCCAGUGCCUGGGUGACGAGGGCUCUCCUCUCUACCACAACGGCGUAGUUGUCGGUCUCUACUCUUUCGGCAUUGGAUGCGGUGAGGAUCGGUACCCCGCUGUCAAUACUCGUGUGUCUCGCUACACCGCCUGGAUCUCGUCUAACGCAUAAGAAAAGUUAGCUUUCUUUUGCUCAGACGCUGACAAAUAUUAUGAAACGAAAUAUAUCAAAUUUUGUUAAUCAA